CCCCUGACAGUCGACACAGCAUUCCACUGUUAGCAGACGGAAACCAGUUCCUCUCUCUCUCUCUCUUUCUUUCUCUCUAACCCCUUCCCUUUCAACCCCCCUCUCUGGGUGGAGUGGGCUGGGUCACAGAGGAAGUAUGUCAGACCAGAGAGACAGCAAAUACACAGAGCAGUCGGAAGAACCAGAGAGACAUACACUCUGUGUGCAGUGUGACUCAGCGUGUGUGUGUGUUACUGAGUCGUGAUGGUAGCAGAGGAGGUGGUGGUCACUCUCUCAGGAGGGGCUCCAUGGGGCUUCAGACUGCAAGGAGGAGUUGAGCAUCAAACACCACUGCAGGUGUCCAAGGUGCGACGGCGCAGUAAGGCAUGCAGGGCUGGCCUGAGGGAGGAGGAUGAGUUGGUUGCCAUUGGCGACUGUGUGUGUGCCGAGCUCAGCCACGCCCAGGCCAUGACCCUCAUUGACUCCCACCGGCACACACUCAACCUCAGGAUCAAGAGGUUUAGGUCUGGGGUCCACACUGUGGCCCUGUCAGGUCGUACACCUACACAUAUUGCUACACACACAUACACACCCACACACUCCGUUCUCUCCCCCACUGACGGGCCAGCCUGCCUCACCAUCACCUCCCCCCCUGACAGCGAGGCCUACUAUGGAGAGACGGACAGUGACGCGGACACACACACACACACACACCGCCGCCAGCGACGCACACCUCCGCACACGCGCUCUCCAGGCCGCCAGCAGCAGGAGGAGGAGACCUCGGAGUUGAGCGGGUAUGAGAGCGCUCCAGAUGGAGGGGUUUCCCUGCAGGGGCCCUGGGAGCAACUACCCACAUUUGGAAACGGUGUGAUCCAACAGUGGGAGCAACCAACAGGAUUGGGAACAGGGGGGUUUCAACCUGGAGUACCACGCAGGGAGGUGGUCUACCAACCCCAACCCCCCCAGUCCCAGCCAGAGUGGACCCAUCCAGCCCAGCACGUCCCACAUCCUGAGCAGGGGGAGCCGACGGGGGGAAGAGAGGCGGAGGGAGAGGGAGACAGUGGGUUCCAGGAGGCAGGGUUGUGUGUGGGUCUGGCCUGCUCACCCCUGGUGUCUCCAGAGCGGGCUAGAGGAGCCAUGAUGCUGGGCUCCAGCCGACAGAUGGUUCCCAUGGUGGGCGCCCAGCUGACCCCACUCAGUGAUGAUCUAUCUACUACGUACAAGGACAAGGCCAGGCAAGCCAAGCUGCAGAGAGGAGAGAGUGUGGUAGACAGGCAGGUGAAAGAGGCUCGUACUAAAUGUCGUUCCAUCGCCUCCCUGCUCACCGACGCUCCGUACUCCAACUCCAAAGGAGUUCUCAUGUUCAAGAAGAGACGCCAGCGUGCCAAGAAGUUCACCCUCACCUGUUUCGGCCGCGCGGAGGGGGAGGUGGGUGCUGAGACUGGGGGAGAGACGGAGGGGGAGGUGGGUGCUGAGACUGGGGGAGAGACGGAGGGAGAGGAGGAGGAGGGGAGUUCCUUCCCCUCGGGUUCAGAGGUGGAUGAAGAGGGCUUCGCUGGAACCUUUGACCCCACCUGGGACAGCGGAUACCUGGACAUGCUGGAUAGGAGGAGCUCCGCCUGUCCGUCCACAUAUAACUCAAGGUCCCAAACACCAACCAAUCAGAGCUCAGGGUUGGAUUCCUCGGCUUAUCAGAGCCCAGAGAUUAAUGUGUCAAUCAAUAUGGGCUCUGUGGCGAAUGCCCCAGCCUAUCAGAGCCCAGGGCUGGACUCCAUUGCCUAUCAGGGGAAAGAGACGGAGCAGUCUGAGCAGCAAAGGAAAAGGGUCACCCAUGUCGCCUAUAACCCCGCCCCUAACCCCUCCCCGGCCGCAGGUUUGUCAAACGGGGGCCCUGUAGGGGUGAGUCGGGCCAGUGUGGUUCUGACCCCCCCCUCUCACACACCUAACCUCCAGCCUGACCUAAACCCUAACCCUAACCCGCCUGGAGGGAUCCAUAACCGCACGGCAUGCCCCUUCACCUCAGGCCUCGCCCCAUCUCGCCCUCCAGUCACCCCUGUCAUCUUUCGACCCGUCCAGCCCACUCCUGCCGUAACUAUGGUUUCCAAACCGACCGCGGCGGUAUCCAUGGUGACCAUUGCCCCUCCUCGCCCUUCAGGGGGGCCCCAGGCAAGGAGAGCGGUCUCCAGUACCUCUCUCUAUAUCCCCCCAAGACCUGCUGCAGCCAUCCUCUCUCCUACCUCUGCCCUCCCUCGUCCUCCGGUUCUAUCUCCUCCCUCUCUUACCUACACUCCCUCUCAACCUUUCAUUCCUCCCUCUGUCCAUACUGCCACCUUCUCUCCCUCUUCUGCCCCCUAUUCUCUUCCGAAACAUCCUCCUCAACCCACCCAACACUUCUGCUCCUUGACUGCUCCUCAACCUUUCUCUCCACCUCCUCCUACCCCCACUCAACACUUCUCUGCUCCUCCUCGACAACCUUUCUCCCCUCCUCUUGACGCCCCAGUCUAUCCAUCCUCUGCUGUGGCUGCCCAGUCCUUCUCUGCUCCUCCUUCUAUUAAUCAAUCCUUCCCUCCUUCCUAUCCCACACCUUACUCUCACCCACCCCCCCUUGCUCAGACCCAACCCCCUCCUCCCCUGACCUUCAACCCCUAUGUUGCCACUGCGACCCCCUCCACGGCCCAGCCCCCAUCCUCUGAUUCGCUGUCCUCCCGUGAGCAGCGUAUCGCCGUCCCCGCAUCCAGAACAGGCAUACUGGCGGAGGCACGUCGUCGCAGCAACAAGAAGCCAAUGUUCCGUCUGUCUGUGGAGAACAAGAAGGACGUGUCUCCCAACCCGGCCCUGCUCGAACUGCUCCAAAACCCGGAUGCACCAACCAGGAUGGGUCCACGCCCCGGUUCCGGUCCCGGCUCCAUGGGGCCUAGUGGAGGAGUGGGAGGUGUGGAGACUGGAGGUGAGUCUGGCCCUGAAGAGGACUGGUUGAGGCUGGGGGCCGAGGCCUGUAACUUCAUGCAGGCCCGGAGAGGCCCCAAGCCCCCUCCUGUGGCCCCUAAAAUGCAGGGCCCUCCACAGGUACCCCAGUUAGCAGGGAAGGGGGGUCAGCUGUUCGCCCGUAGACAGAGCAGGAUGGAUCGCUAUGUGGUGGAGAGCACCCCCUCCUCACCCCAACCCUCUCCCGGCCACCCCCGCCAGCCCUCUCCCACCCUCUCCCUCCCCUCUCAAUUCAGAUACUCCUCCAGCUGCAGAGCCCCCCCUCCCAUCAGCUACAACCCCCUCCUCUCCCCCUCCUGCCCUCCCCAGGCCCAGCGCCAGAGGGCGGGGGUAGCAGGGCAGGGUGCGAGACCAGCGGGGCAUAAAGCCGCUCCUGGGGGUCAGAAGGCUCAAGGCAUCAAGGCUUUGGACUUUAUGAGUCGCCAGCCCUACCAGCUAAACUCCUCCCUCUUCAGUUACGGCGGGACUCCCCAGCAAGCACAGGCCUAUCAACAGCAGCCGAGCAUGAUGGGCGGCUCCUACGGGCCCAUCAAGACGCCACGUGUGUAUGAGAUCAAGCGCUUCUCCACGCCACCUCCCACAGGCCCCUCCCCUACGAUCAUUGUCCCACGGUCAGCGACCACACUGGGAGAACCGCUGUGGAGGUCUGAUAUCAUUUCUCCUCUGCCCACAGCCACUCCCUGCUACCAAUCCCCCUCUAACACCCCCUACCAGCCUCAGCCCCAGUGGGUCCCUCCUCCUCCAGCCCCCAACGCCCCCCUCCCUCAGCUCCCUAGCUUCCCCUCUGCCCAUGUCCCUAACCCUCACCCCUACCCCUCCAAGCCCCACGCCCCUCAACAGGGUAACAGGCAGUUUAAGAGUGCCCCUGAUCUCAGUCCUCUUGUCCACACCCCACCUUGCCCCGCCUCCACCAAGCCCUCCAGAGUUCCUCGCCCCAGAUUCAGCACCUCUAACCUGGGUCUGCAACCCAGUGUCUGGCGCCCCGGAUCCACCACGCACUGAGAUUGCAGGUCAUGAAUUGGCACGAAACGACAGGAAUAUAAAUCCCCCCACAGUCUGUUGUGAUUUUGUUUUUUGGUCUUUGUCACGUCUAAGAAGAUGUUAGUAUGGUGCAUUGCAGGCUUUUAUUGAUUUCUUGUUUGGGCACUAUUGCAACUCUUGGAUCACACCACCCAUUUCAUAAAUUGACCACCUCUGUUUCUCUUCGUAAAAAAUAUUGUUUGAUGUAUAGUUGACAUGCGUUGUUGAUAUAGUUGAUAUGAAUGCAUAUAUGAAUGUAAAAUAAGUAUUUAAUGACAAUCAGAAAGAUAAAAAGUGAUCUAAAAUGAGAACGACAUGGAGAGGGAGAGAGAAUGGGACACGAUGUGAAGUUGAAUAAAGUUUAUUUAAAGCGAUGGGGUCCACAGAAUAAAGGUGAAAGUCAAGAAUGAAGUUGAGUGAUAAACUGAUACAUGGAGGAUGUGCUAAAGACAAGCCUGUGGAACGAGAGAGUGAUGGAGGAUGGAGAGGAGAGAUAGACUGGAGGACAGAUAGAUUAUAGGAGAGAUAGAUUAGAGGAGAGAUAGAUUGGAGGAGAGAUUAGAUGAGAGAGAUUAGAGGAGAGAUAGAUUAGAGGAGAGAUAGAUUGGAGGAGAUAGAUUAGAGAGAUAGAUUAGAGGAGAGAGACUGGAGGACAGAUAGAUUAGAGGACAGAUAGAUUAGAGGAGAGAGACGGGAGGACAGAGAUUAGAGGAGAGAUAGAUUAGAGGAGAGAUAGACUGGAGGACAGAUAGAUUAGAGGACAGAUAGACUGGAGGACAGAUAGAUAAGAGGACAGAAAGACUGGAGGACAGAUAGAUUAGAGGACAGAUUGAUUAGAGGAGAGAGACUGGAGGACAGAGUUAGAGGAGAGAUAGAUUAGAGGAGAGAUAGACUGGAGGACAGAUAGAUUAGAGGACAGAUAGACUGGAGGACAGAUAGAUUAGAGGACAGAAAGACUGGAGGACAGAUAGAUUAGAGGACAGAAAGACUGGAGGACAGAUAGAUUAGAGGACAGAAAGAUUAGAGGACAGAUAGACUGGAGGACAGAUAGAUUAGAGGACAGAAAGACUGGAGGACAGAUAGAUUAGAGGAGAGGAAAUAAGAGUCCUCUCUAAGAGACAAACUGUUCGGUAAUAUGCUGAUCUGUUAAAGACUAGGAUGGACUAUAUGCCUGCGGUGUGCUGCCAUUGUGGCUUUAACUCGGGGGGCUAACACAGUCUCGUGGAGCGAUGACGGGCACCGGUUCAAACCCCAGUUGGUCACAUAAAGGCCUGAAUCUGAAAUAGAGAUCUGACUCCGUUACAACUAUAUUGUACUUAUUAUUGUCAUGAUUAUUGUGAUUAUAUUCUUAUUCUGAAUAUUAUAAAAGAGCCCGUUUUUUUUUUUGGGGGGGGGGCUUCAUGUGAUUGUGUCAGAGUAUUGCACAGUAGUACAUCAGGAUGCAUUUGUUAGAUGUUUUCCCCACUUCAUAAAGUGCACCCUUUUAUUGUUAUAAGGAAGGGAGGUGAGGGGUGGAAGGGACGGGAGGUAGGAGGUUGUGGUGAUGAUUUGUCUGAUUGUUGAUAUGCGAGCUGUUAAAAGUUGUUAUUCUGUGGUACAGAGAAAUAAAACUAGACGUGAAACUCUC